AUGUCUCUCACGGAACCCUCCGCUGAAGAAGCGCUCGCUCUGUUCCAGUCUGUCGAGAAGGACUUUCCCAAAGAUCUCGGCGAUGACAAAUGGUACAUUCUCGCCAUCUCUUCCAUAUCUGCCGGCGGCCACCCGGACCUCUCUGCCAACCUGUAUCAGUACCUCAUCUCCAAGCCCGAAUUCCAAACCUCAAAAUCCAGACAAGCCCUCGUCCGCCGGCUCCGCGAAGCUCUGGUCAAGCUCGUCUCUGUCGUUGGCGUUCCCAAGCCCCUGGAAGCAAUCUUCUCCAUCGCUCGUGUCGAACGUCCCGAGGAUCGUGAUUACUCCUUCUCUCGCGAGCAAUGGUCAUCCGGCCCCGCCAACCUCGAGAGAGGAAUGGGCUGGCUUUCGCAGAUCUAUCGACACAACCAUGCUGCGACGGAGAACACUUUGGCGUGUCACAAGGACUUUGAUUGGCUGAGUCGGGAGAUCACGUAUGGGCUUUACUUGAGUGACCACACUAUCAUAGGACCGGUAGAGACUGAGCUGGUUGUGUUCAGUGGGAUUGCCAUUCAGAAUCUGAAGACGGAGACCGGCUGGCAUCUGAGAGGGACGAGGCGGAUUGGAGUCUCUCACGAAGAUGUCGAGAUCAUUCAGCAGCAGAUCGAGAAAGUUGCUGCCUUUUGUGGUCUCACUUUGAACCGCAUUCCGCGCGUGAAGGACAUUGAACACGAGGUUCCCUGGGAUUCUGGGGCAUAA